AUGCAGCGUAUUGCACAACUCUUACAGGCAGCAGAAUAUAUUGAAAGACGUGAAAGAGAAGCAGAGCAUGGAUACGCUUCAUCGUUACCAAUGCCAGACGAAUACAGCUCAUCAAAAAAGAGAUCAAAAUCGAAAAAGACACAAGGCAAUAGGUCAACACAUAAUGAAUUGGAAAAGAAUAGGAGGGCUCAUUUGAGGAAUUGUCUGGAGAGGUUAAAAGAUCUGGUCCCGCUGGGAGUCGACUCCUCUCGUCAUACAACACUAGGUCUCUUAACGAAAGCUAGGUCAUUUAUUAAGAAUUUAGAAGAGAAGGAGCGCAAGGCCCUGCUCCUGCGCGAUCAGUUGGAACGUGAGAACCGACGACUUCGCCGCAGAUUAGACCAGCUGAAUCACUUUAACCAUAACCAAAACACAUACCGCACUCGCCAGGAACGCAGCAUCAGCGAGUGUAGUACUUCAACAACAUCAUCCUCACCAUCCAUAUCUCCAUCUACAUCAUCUUUUAAAUCCGAAGAAUCUGAUGAGAUUGAUGUUAUUGGUGGCUUCCUGAGUGACACCGAUGAUCAGCUGAGUGUGGAAAGUCUGGGCAGCGACGGCAGCAUCGAUGGUCACCGUUGUUACAGCAGCAACUUUUCAGAUGAUUCUGGUGUCUCGUCUGGACUGUCAGCACUUUGA